AUGGCAGAUCUGAUGGAAUGGCAGCCUGCACCUGGCACUAAUGCUGGAGAUGGUCAUAGGAUCAACAUAGGCGCAGCAUUCAACAAUGCAGGUCCAAGUGCCAAUGCAGGUCCCAGUGGUCCCAGUCCAACCACUUCCCGUGUCACACGAUCCAGCUCUGCCCGUGUCCGAAAUGCAGUCAAUGACCAGGCCCAGGAUCAGGAGGAGGAGGACGAUGACAACGAUAACGGAGAUGGCGGCGGGGCUGGUGACCAUAAUCACAAUGGCGAAGACCGUGACGAGGAGGAAGAAGAAGAUGAUGAUGAUGAUGAUGAUGAAGAAGAAGAAGAAGAAGAAGAAGAAGAAGAAGAAGGUGAUGAUGACGAGGACGACAGCAGGAGAGCAGGGGGGCACAGUGGCAGCACUGCAGCUGCAACAUCCGCUGUUGCACAAGGCGGGAGGGGCAGGAGAAGAGGAAGAGGAGGAAGAGGAGGAAGAGGAGGAAGAGGGGGUGCUAGAGGAGGUGCUAGAGGAGGCGCCACAGAACAAAUACCUGAGGCCCUGGGCCGGGCUUUGAAAGGCAGGUCACGUCCGAUAUUGUGUGAUACUGAUGAUGCGAUGGAUAUUGACAUGGAUGAUCUUGUGUCUCCAUGGAAUCAGCGCGUUGUUCAUGGCCAAAGUCAGGCCAUUGACACUGGAGGUUGUCCUCAUGCCCUGUGCUUCAAGAAGUCAAAUUUGCACCCCUGUGUCAGCAAUCUAGGCCCGGGUGAAUUUUGGUGCCCCCCAUGUUGGAGCCGCAGGCGCUCCAGUCCACUACCGUACUCAGUGGUUGCACAAGGUGCCUACCUCACUGGCCGAAGUCACACCCAUCGCCCACUGGUGUUUCACACCAUCGCCUUGAAACUUGGCGGAUACCCGGAACUUCUGUUGCGCUGUCAGUUGGAGGAAGAAUUUUCACCUUGCAAAAAUAUGUUGCAGUGCACCAACAUUGAACUGGUCACUGGAGCUGCCUGCCUGCCUAACGUCCGUGCCUGUGUCCGCAAUGCCCUGGCCUUUGUGAAGGCCAGAAGAGAGACUGAUUUGUUGGUUCUGUUAGACACACACUCAGAUUAUGGGAAUGGUGAGUUGGUGCACAGUGUUGACAAACAUGGAAAUGCCUGGACUCAGGACGCCUCGGAGGUGCUCCGCCAUUACUUGGGCCCAGAAUUGUGGAAGCGGUCCCUGGACAUGACUGGCACGAAAGGAAUGAUCCUGCUGGCCUGUGGUCCAGCGUUCACGAUGCGCUCACAUUUUGAAACGAUCAAGUCAUUGGUCUCCAGUGAAUUCAGCAACCGCCUGUUGUUCAUCAUCGGCUUCACUGCUCAUUCGGUUCAACCCUCUGUGGUCAUGCCCUUCAUGCUGAGGGUGAUCAUACAGGUCUACAUUCAUCAAAUGCCUGUUGAGCUAGCCCUGGAGCAGGAGAUUGUCAGCUGGACUUUGCUGUCCCAUACCCCUGUGGUGUUAGUCUGUUGGAAUCAACAAAGGCAGCUGAUUAGCCGGAGAUACAUAGCGUCCACUCCUUCUGGUUGGCUCGGGGACAUCCGAGCCAAACGGUCGCCUCGACAAGGCGCCAACUUCGUGAAGUUCCGGUGCAACCGCUGUGGCUGGGAUUCCGGUGGUUACAAACCCAAACCUGGCUGGCUUCAUCAAUUCUCUCCCCAUGAUUCAAGUGUGAACGCCAACACCAUCCGCAGAUAUGCACUCGAGUUUGCGCGUUCCUUUGAAUGCUGGAUUGGUCCACGCUAUCCACGACCCCAGACCACGAUAUUGAACUGA